AACGAAGCCCAGGAACUAUCCAAGUCAAACACAAAACCUGCCCCACUGAGCAGUUCAAGAUGGUUUUAGAGACUAUUUCAAGGAUAAUAAAAAUCCAGCUGCCAGCCUACCUCAAGAGGCUCCCACUGCCGGAGACAAUCGGCGGGUUUGCAAGGUUAACAGUGUCUGAGUGGCUCCGGUUGCUGCCGCUCCUGGGUAUCCUGGCUUUGCUGGGCUAUCUGACCAUUCGCCCAUUUCUGCCUAAGAAAAAGAAACAGAGAGACUGCCUGAUCAACCUAAAGAUCCAGAAAGAGAACCCAAAAGUGGUGAAUGAGAUAGACAUCGAGGACCUGAACAGCACGAAUGUGUGUUACUGUCGCUGCUGGCGCUCCAAAACUUUUCCUGUCUGUGAUAAGUCACACUUAAAGCACAAUGAGCUAACUGGAGACAACGUGGGACCGCUCAUACUCAAAAAGAAGAUACUAUAAUCAACCACUGAUGGGAGUUUUCUUUUUAAUCAGUUUGUAAUUUGUUGUCUUGGUCUAUUCUUGGUGUCAUAACUACCGAAAAAUGCAAAAUUCCUCUGCAUUAGUGUCUGAAAGCUGUCUUUUACGUUCUCUAUUGGUUUUAUGCCGUUAAGAUGGUUUUCCCUUUUUUUUCAUGACCCUUUGUUCACUUUUGCUGGUUAACUGAACAUCAUUUUUAUGACUGUAAAAUGAGUUUUAGUCAGCCUGGAAUCAAUCACAAACCACUGGGACCACUUUUAGGGGAAAACUUGAAACAUAAUUGCAGUGACUUUAGGAUGACCUUCAAUAAUCUGAACCCAUCAGGGGAGACGUCUUCUUUCCACUCAAAGAUCUGUUUAAGUAAAAUGCUUAAUACUAGUUCAACUUGUAAUGAUUUUGUACUGUGUGUCUUCAUUUUCAACAAGUCUCUGUUUAUUAAAUUGCCGCCUUUGUUAUUUUUCUCUAGAUAAGUUUGUGUGCCAAAUAUUAACAUAGUAUCCACACUUAAAGGAUGUGAAAUAUUAUCUGAUAACUUAUUGUGAGCAUGGGAGGUUACUUUUUUCUUUAAAUGUGUUUUGUUCAUAGCCGUUAAGCAUUUGAAUGUUCCAUUUUGUAUUGAAUUCGCAAACAUUUCAGAACACUGCAAUGUUGAGUAAUAUCCAGUUGUAUGCAGUUUGAACUUCAGUAGCCAUAAUGAGGUUUGAGAACUUCUGCAAACAAGAUCUGUGUUCUGUCUCGUUGUUGCUUCUGUAUUGUCAUAACCACUGCAUAUAGCAAACUUCUAGCGAGUGAAUUUGCUUUGUAAUUCAUCAGCUAUAUUUCAUACAUAACUGGCUUGUAUCAGAUCUGUAUUUUCAUAAAGACUAUGAAUAACUGUUGAUGAAGCUUUGUAAGGUAAUGCCUUGAACUUGUUCAUCGUGUCAAAAGAAAUGGUCAGCAGGUUUCAGUCAACUGCAGCGUCUUUCACAAUUAUGAUUGGGGAACACUUCAUGUACCCUCGAGUUGAAACAGGUAUAAAUGAACACAGAGGUAACUGAAUGCAUCACCUUGUAACUGUGUGCUUUUCGAUUUUUGAAGUAAAACUUGCAUUAAGAGUGAUUACUACAGAAUCA